UUGGACAUCUUGAAGAAGUUAGUGAUAAAUGAGUUUGUAACAGUAGCAGGAGUCAUCCUUAAAUGAGUGGGAGACACCUCCUUCCGAGCUUUGUUGAGCUUUGCCACAACACGAUUCUUUUAUCUGUCUGCUGGCUCCGUGUCAACCGCCUCUUGUCACAUGAUUUCUCUUAAAUCCACCUCCCUGGCGUUCACACUGUAGCAGCUUUUCAUUAAUAAGAUAUGCGUCACUCCAAACUGAAUAAGAAAUGAGACAUGAUGGCAUGUUACACCGACGUCUUCAUCCCGCAGCAUGUGGCUCUGGUCAGAAUGGCAGAGCAUCAGACCCACGUGAAGCUCAGUGAGGGGAAACUCAUACCAAAGUCUGACAUCCUGUCACUGCUAAGGACCUACAACUGUUACCACGAAGGGAAAAACUUCCAGCUCAGGACUCGUGAGGAAGAUGAGGAACUCAUUCUUGAAGGGCUACUAAACAUCUAUUGGGGUCUACGGCGGCCAAUAAGACUUCAGAUGUAUGAUGACAAUGAAAGGUUUCGUCUGAACCGAAAUGAUCGAGCUGGUCUGGCAAAGCACUUCUCAGGAGAGUCGAACAAUAAUUCCCUGAGCAGGGAUUGUGGACCAGCAGGUGGUGACGUGGGUGGUCAGGAGGAGGAGGACUCCCCUCAGCUGCUGAGAACCAGGAGCGACGCUUCCUUCAUGCGGGUUCAGAGGAGGUCAAACACGCACACCGCUCGAGACCUGCAGCGGUUGCGCACACACAGGUUCUCGAUCAACGGCCACUUCUACAACCACAAGACAUCUGUGUUUACUCCAGCCUACGGUUCCGUCACCAACGUUCGAGUAAACAGCUCGAUGACAACGACACAAGUCCUCCACCUGCUGCUGCAUAAGUUCAGGGUGGAGAAUAAAUCUGAAGAGUUUGUUCUUUACAUGGUGCAUGAGUCUGGUGAGAGGACGCGAUUGAAAGAUGGCGAAUAUCCACUGGUGACCCGCGUGCUUUAUGGACCCUGCGAGAAAAUCUCCAAAAUCUUCAUCACAGAGGCUGACCUGGGAGAGGAGGUCACGUACGAUGUUGCCCAGUACAUAAAGUUUGAAAUCCCCGUUUUAGACAGCUUUGUAGAAAAGCUUAAAGAGGAAGAGGAACGUGAAAUAACCAAACUGACCAAAAAGUACAGCGCCCUGAGGUCUAUGAUUCUACAUCAGCUUGAAGGCAAAACUCACAGCAGCGACAGAGUAUGAGUGUGUGUGUGUGUGUGUGUAUGCUUGUGUGUGUGAGAGAGGAGAGGGGAGGGGUCAGUGGGGUUCGGUGGGUGAAAUGUGAACGACUGUUGAUUUUACUGUGGGAAAUUUUCCAAAUGCUGCGGAGAAUGUAGCGAUAAAGGUGAAACGGUGCCUCUGCUCUUAUAACUACAUAUCCUGCUUUGUAUGAUCUGUUUUGUGGAUAUUUUUUACUAUCAACUAUAUACAUUUAUAUACAGUUUUGACACUGAAUUUCAAUAUAUACACAUUUUGUAUGAUAAUUCUUACUGCAUAUAUGGUUAUUGAUACAUAAUUAUUUUGUCUUUUCUGACUUUGAAUUUUUAAUGUAAUAAAUCUUGUGUUUCCCCGGUGAAUGCUCUGGAGCUUUACUGAUACCAAGCAUCAUGCCCAGCUCAGGCUUCCCAGAAACAAAAGAGCAGUCUUUAUUA